GCGCACCGUUUUGGAGAAACGUGUCGUUCAGUACAAACCGUCACGCAACGAAGCAAACGUUGAAGCGAACUGAACUCACCCAUGAACCACCUAGCGCGCUCUACCAUUGAAGUCAUAGCAACAUACAGGAAAAUACGAUGAAGUCGUACCGGUAAUCGACUGUGAAUGCCAAGUGUGAGAAAUCGAAUUGCAUGAUCGGUGGCGUUACAGGUAAGGCAGACUGUUCUCACGUAGGCUCCUGGAUGUGGUAUCCUGUGCUGAUCAGGUGAAAGAGGAAGAGUAGGCAGCAGACAGGAUGAAGGAGGAGAACUUGUUUCAUCGGAGGUUGUCUCUGUCUCCCAACACCACCUCUCCCUCCCCUCCUAAGCUCGACCACCGCUCUCUGACCCGGAACAUGUCUUACGGAGGAGACGGCGACCUCUUCCUGCACAGCCCAGGUAUGGAGUCAGAGGGGAAUGGUCUGUCCAUGAUGAGUGACGAGCUCAGCCCCGCCCAGUCGCCUAGCAGCAAGUCUGAGUCCAGGAUGUUCAACAACGGUCUGGAGGACUGCUCCUCCCCCACAGAGAAGCUGGCCCGGAAGGAGUCUCUCAAGGUCCAGAAGAAGAAUUACAGACAGGAGAAGAAGCGGGCAGCCAAAGAAUUGUCCAGCGCUCUGAAGGACCCCAGUGUUGUCAUCACGGCAAACUGGCUAAAGAUCCGUGGUUCGCUGAAGAGCUGGACCAAGCUGUGGUGUGCCCUGAAGCCGGGGGUCCUGCUGAUCUAUAAGACCCCUAAAUCGGACCACUGGGUGGGCACCAUCCUGCUCAACGCGUGCAAGUUGAUUGAGAGGCCCUCCAAGAAGGACGGCUUCUGCUUCAAGCUCUACCACCCGCUGGACAAGUCCAUCUGGGCAGUCAAGGGUCCUAAAGGGGAAAAUGUUGGCUCCAUCACCCAGCCUCUACCCAGCAACUACCUGAUCUUCAGAGCUGCGUCAGAGUCUGACGGUCGGUGUUGGAUGGAUGCUCUGGAGUUGGCUCUGAGCUGCUCCAGCCUCUACAAGCUGACAGCUAAAGCAGGGAGAGAUGGAGACGUCAGCACCUCCUCAGAGUCCUCCCAUAUACUACAACUACUGCAGUCUACUGCCCUCACUGAUGCUGAGCUACUACAGUUGGCCAACCAACAGAUGGAGAAUGACGGCUACUCUGAGAAAUCAGAGCACGAGGCCCAGGAGGAUUGGGACAACGGCGCCAAUGAGAACGGCGGUCGGCUGACGGAGGAGAGCGACAUGGAUCAAUCGGACGAGCUCUCUCCGGGGCUGCAGGCCACAGUCUACGUCGAGCAGAGCCAGGAGGAGAUGGCCGAGGCUGGUGAGGCGUCCCAGGUGGAGACGGUGUCUGAGGAGAACAAGAGUCUGAUCUGGACCCUGCUGAAGCAGCUGCGGCCUGGCAUGGACCUGUCUAAAGUGGUCUUGCCCACCUUCAUCCUGGAGCCACGCUCUUUCCUGGACAAACUGUCGGACUACUACUACCACGCUAAUCUGCUGUCAGAGGCUGCGAGGGAGGAGAGUCCAUAUGGCAGAAUAAAGCAGGUUGUGCGCUGGUACCUGUCUGGCUUCUACAAGAAGCCCAAGGGUCUGAAGAAGCCCUAUAACCCCAUCCUAGGAGAGAUGUUUCGCUGUUGCUGGCUCCAUCCUCAGACAGACAGCUGCACCUUUUACAUCGCAGAGCAGAUCUCCCACCACCCACCUAUCUCUGCCUUCUACAUCUGCAACAAGAAGGACGGCUUCUAUAUCAGCGGCAGCAUUUUGGCCAAGUCCAAGUUUUACGGUAACUCUCUGUCUGCCAUACUGGAUGGCAGGGCCAGACUGAUGCUGCUGGGCAGGGAUGAGGAGUAUGUCAUCACCAUGCCUUACGCCCACUGUAAAGGUAUUCUGUAUGGCACCAUGACACUGGAGCUGGGAGGGAAGAUCACUAUUGAGUGUGAGAGAACCAAAUAUGUGGCAGAACUGGAGUUCAAGUUGAAGCCCUUCCUGGGAGGCUCCAGCAGUGUGAAUGUGAUCUCUGGAAAGAUCCAGCAGGGAGAUGAGCUGCUGGCCACUGUGGACGGACACUGGGAUGGUGAGGUGUUCCUACAGGAGAAGAAGUCAGGGCAGCAGGAGGUCCUCUGGAACCCCACUCCAGAGGUCCGCAGCACCAGACUGAAGAGGCAAGUUGUACAGCUGGACCAGCAAGGGCAGUUUGAGUCGGAGAGGCUGUGGCAGCAUGUGACUAGUGCUAUAGUGGACCGUGACCAGAACCGGGCAACCCAGGAGAAGUUUGUACUGGAGGAGGCUCAGAGAAAUGAGGUCAAAGACCGAGGAGACAAACCUUGGAGCCCCAGACUCUUUCACCUGGACUCCGUCACCAACGAAUGGACGUACACACACAUAGACACGCGGCCUUGGGACCCUGAGCACUGUCUGGUGCAGUUUGAGGAGCACGGAGUGAUCCAGACCAAGGAGAAAUCACAGACACGACAUAAAGGACUGGCGUACAGCCGCGCCUCAGCCUGGGCUAGCCAGCAGAAGGCCCAGGUGAAUGGGAAACACAGGAAGGGCAGCAGCCAGCCGUCUAGCUGUAGCCAGAACACUGAGAGUAGCAGCACUACACCUGAACCUACACACGAGUCCUCUGAUAAUGAAGGGUACCUGAGCCAGUGUGCACGGUGCAACAAGGAAGUGAAGGACAUCGCCGUCAUAGAGGCCUCCAUUGCAUCCAUACAGAAGACGCAGCAAGACAUCCAGAGGAACCUGAUAGCGUUGGGUCGUCAACUGGGCCGUCGCCGGGAGACUGAGGACAAUGUGACACUAACUGGACGCCACUGUUUCAUCCUGUGUGUCCUCCUGCUCUCCCAACUCUUCCUUAACUACGUCUUCACCUGAACUAACCUGCAGGAGAAGUUACCCCCCCCAGGCACGGAUCUAGGAUCAGCUCAACACUCCCUAUUAACCCUGACCUUAACUAUCAGAUGGAGAAGAAGCAACACUGACCUUAGAUCAGCGUCUAGGGGCAGCUUCGUCCUGUUCUCCUGAUACGGGAGAGCCACAGGUGCCAUAGCAAUAAACACAGCCACAACCACCCACAGCCACCACUCACCUGCCAACCAGAGCGGAGCCAGACAGCACGGCACCCACGCACUUUGGACUGAGAGAAGACGACGACGGAAAGAGAAGAUCAAAAAAAGAAAGAGAAUGGACUGACUGAGGGUGUUUUUAAAAAGACGAAUGAGAGAAAAGGGACCGAAUUAGCUUCUUUUUCUUUGAGGAAUGAGAAAGAAUUAUGGUUUUGGUUAAGAGGAUGUUCCACCUGUCUUUUAUUAAUGGAUGUGUACUUUUUAUACUCCCCCCUGCAAUACUAUUGUGUGUGUGUUGUGUGUACGUACAGUAGGCCCUAUGGGCACUGAUGGACUACGGCUUGGAGUCCUUAAUAGUCCCCCUUCACUACAGACUUUGGGCCUUAACGCUAAAGCCAAAAAGAGAAAAAACUAUGUGACAUCGACAAAACAAAGAGAACUCGAGAUAAGAAGAAACUUCCAAUAAUGCAAUUGGCUUUUUGUGUAGAUCUCUAUUCAUAUAAACAUUCAGUCUCGUCUUUUAAAGCCGCAAUAUGUAACUUUUUGGCCGAUCUGACCAAAUUCACAGUCUCAGAAGCGGUAGAUCUGUUCUAUGUGCGCUAUUUCUAUACUUCCCAUUAAAUUUCGUUUUUUCCCAGUGGUUUAGAUGGUAGAAUUAUUCUCUACACUAUACUUGCUUGUUUUGUCACAAACUGAAAUUUGACGAAUUACAAUUUUUGCAACCAGGAAAGGAUUUCUGCAUAGUGCAUCUUUUAAGAAUGAUGAUUUUACCAAAACAGUAUUUAUAACCCGAAAGGUAAAGAGUACUUGUUUACAGGUGGGUGUGUGUUUAUAAUGACACAUAUAAACAAAGGGUAGGCAGAGAGAGGCAGGGUAGGAAGCCAGACGGGUUUUGUCUGUGUACGCCUGUAGCGCCAUCAGGGAAUGGGUUAUAUAGCACUGCUCUGGUGUAGACGAUCAGUCAUAGAGGACAGAUGGUUGGAAGUGUAGAGAGAAUGAACAGGGGAAGAGAAAAAAGGAAAGGAUGAGCGACUGAUAAAGGUAUAGGGUAAUGGUGUUGUUGAUGUGUUGGGUGUGUAAUGUACUUCAGACCGCACUGUUUGGAAGAACUGUUUUUGGGGGGGGGGAUCAAUAUACCCAUAUGUAUAUAUUUGGCUGGAACACACACAAGCACUGUGUUCCCAAUGAGAUUCAGAAUGUAUUUAUUGGGUGAUUUACCUUGAUUUCCGGAUCAUAUGCCGCUUGGAAGAUGGAUGCAAGUGGUGACAAUCGUGAGUAAGUUCGUUCUCCCGGGUGUGUAUGCUUGCCUCCUGUGUUCUUUAGGCACCAAACAGAGGAAAACGGACUGAAACAGGAUGGGACACUGGACUUGACACUAAUUUCCGUUCUGUUUUAAAAUAGGUUGUACCCUAUUGAACAUGACCCUGGGGAAGCAGGUCUGUGAUCUGGCCAUGGGAUGUUACUCGUACGUACGGUACGGACAGUCAGGCAAGUAGGAGUCAGACAUUAGGGUCAAAAUUGAAAAACCAACCUCUUUCUGAUUGGUUGGUGUAAACUUGCCCUUGUCCAUGGGGAGAGGAGAAGGAAUUAGGAAGUCUACUUUGAAUGCUUUGAUUCACGGUUGUUCGUUCUUUUGUUUUGUACACUACUGUCAUAUACACAGAUCUUUUUGUCAUAUGAGUAUGAAACGGAACAUGAUUUUGCCCCCCCCCAAAAAAAAUCAUACCUGUUGAAUACUGUAGCGCUACAGUAAACAUUUACAUUUUGACUCGACACCCAUUCUUGCUCUUGAUUGAGUGUCUCCACAAAAUGGUCAGUGCUGAAAGUCACAUGUCUGGUUAUAAAGUGUUACAAGGAAAGUCAUACGGCAUAGCUAGUAGACUAGGCAGGUUUCCAUUGACCCAGGUUUAUCAGACAAAUGAUGGAAACUGUUUUUUGAAUAAACGAUUGACGAAUAAUUUAAGGUACGCGGGUCCCUUGAUGUCAUCACGUAACUAUUAAGCUCCACUUCACAUUUAAUUGUUUUGUACGCUACUGUCCUGUACACAGAUCUUUGUCAUAUGAGAAUGAAACUGAGAAGGUGAUUUUGCUAUAAAUAAAUAAAUGUUCAUACCUGUUGAAUACUGUAGCGCUACAGUAAACAUUUACAUUUUGACUCAACACCCAUUCUUGCUCUUGAUGAUUGAGUUUGUCCACAAAAGGGUCAGUGCUGAAAGUCACGUCUGGUUAUAAAUAUUGCGACAAAUAAUGGAAACUGUUUUUUGAAUAAAUGAUUGACUAAUAA